GGAGUCGGACAAAUGUGACAGCCUACAAUAUCAGGAUAAAUUUUUUUUCAUAAGUAUUUUCUUGUCAUGUAGAUGCUUUUGGAAAACACAGAUGAAGAUGUCCAUUUCUCAGAGUCUAUUUUGCCUGUGGAUAUUAAUUGUAACAACCACAGCCAACCUCAUGCUGGAUUCUUGCCUCACUCAGAAAUACGCGUACAGGAUAAAUGUAGUGCUACUUGAAGACAACACGUACGAGUGGAGUCGGCCUUAUGUCCAAGCUGCAGUGGAACAGGCGAUUGAGGAGGACAGGCUGGAGAAUGAGAGGCAUGGUCUUGACUUUACGUUAACGGCCAACUACAAUGGUUUCAAUACGUCUGGGUACAACAGACAGGGCUGUGGCAGCAGCACCUGUGAGGGAGUCACCAUCCUCAAGAGGCUAAAGGAAAAUUUUGAAAUAGGAUGUGUGAUGCUUGGACCAUCCUGCACCUACGCCACAUUUCAGUUAGUAGAUCAAGAAAUUGGCCUGACCCUGAGUAUACCUAUCAUCUCUGCUGGAAGCUUCGGUUUAUCCUGCGAUUACAAGCCCAAACUGACUCGGAUUUUGCCCCCCGCACGCAAGGUGUCCGACUUCAUGGUCAAUUUUAUCAAUGAGAGCUUGUUACCCAUAAAACAGUCGUGGAACCGGGUCUACGUGUACAAAAAGGUGAAUGCAACAGAGGAUUGCUUCUGGUAUAUCAAUGCAGCACUGGAAGCACCAUCACUCAGUUUUGCCACAAACACUCUAAGAGAAAUGCUGCGUAAUGAAAAUGACCUGUUCACAGCUCUCAAGUCAACUAAGAGACACAGCAACAUUUUCAUCCUUUGUGGGGGCCCUGCCGACAUCGCCUACAUAAAGCAGAAUUCUGAAAACAUCCAUCCAGACAUUAUGUUCAUACUCUUAGACGUAUACAAUCUGCAAUACUACAGCAACAGAACCUCCAGUUAUGGCAUGGAGAAUGUUCUGGUGGUCACUCUUCCUCCGCGAAACUAUAGCUGUGGUAAUUUGACCUCCAAUGACACGGUCAAUGAUUAUGUAGCAGGUUACCAUGAUGGGGCCAUCCUGUUUGGGAAAGUAUUGCGAGAGAGGAUGCUCAGUUUACAGCGGGGGGACAUGCCUCAUAGUGACCAUCCCUUUGCUAAUAUCUCCUUUUAUGGCAUGGCGGGACACUAUGUACUUGACCAAUACGGAGACAGAGAUGUCAACUUCACUCUACUUUACACAUCCACCCUUACAGGCGAGUACACAACUCUUUUCACAUUUGACACGUCCAAAAAUGAAACACAAAUACUAGAUGUAUCUCCUGCUCUGCCCUGGAAGGAUGGUGUUCUUCCUGACGAUGACCCAGAGAUGAUAGAUCGUAUAACUUCUCAGGAUAUCAUUGUAAUAGUUUUGAGUCUCAGUGUUGUUGUGGUCACAGCCAUUGCACUCAUCUUCUACAGGCAGAACAGAAAGGAGCGCCUCAUGCAGAAAAAGUGGUCACACAUAGAGCCUCAUCUGAUUGGUCCUCUGGAUGAAAAAGAGGCUUGUCUAAAGAUUGACGAUGACAAGAGAAAAGACAGUAUAUUCCUUGCUCAUCGAGGGCGUUAUGACAAGAAGCCAGUCAUUUUGAAAGAGUUGAAACAUUUAGAUGGUGAUUUUACUGAAGAGCAGAAAAUUGAGCUCAACACGUUACUCCGUAUUGACUACUACAACUUGACCAAGUUCUACGGCACAGUUCAGUUUGAGUACGGUGUGUUUGGUGUAUUUGAGCUGUGCCAGAGAGGCUCCCUCAGGUACAUUCUGAAUGACACGAUCUCCUAUCCUGAUGAGACCUUCAUGGAUAUGGAGUUCAAGAUUUCAGUCAUGUAUGACAUCGCAAAGGGUAUGUCCUAUCUUCACUCAAGUAGCAUAGGAGCUCAUGGUCGCCUUAAAUCCACUAACUGUGUGGUGGACAAUCGCAUGGUGGUCAAGAUCACAGACUUUGGUUGUCAUACUAUUCUCAGCCCCGGCAAAGAUUUGUGGACAGCCCCAGAGCACCUUCGUAAAUACGGGAUAUCUCAAAAAGGCGACGUGUACAGCUAUGCCAUUAUUGCACACGAGAUCACCAUGAGAAAGAUGACGUUCUACUCACAGUCCUGCUCAGAUAAAGCAGAAAAACUCUACAGAGUGCAGCAUCCCAGUAUGACUGGAGUCUUCAGACCUGACCUCAGUUUUGACGGUGCAUCAGAGAGAGAAAUUGAGCUGUACACUUUAAUAAAGAACUGCUGGGAUGAAGAUCCAGAACGCAGACCAGAUUUUAAGAAAAUAGAGCUAACCCUUGGUAAGAUUUUUAGUGCUCUCCACAACACAGACAGUGAGACCUACAUGGACAACCUGAUUCGUCGCCUGCAGAUGUACUCCAGGAACUUGGAGCACCUAGUGGAGCAGAGAACAGCUCUGUACAAAGCUGAGAGAGACAGAGCAGACUGCCUCAACUUCAUGCUCCUCCCUGGCCCUGUAGUGCGUUCCCUGAAAGAGACAGGCCGAGUGGAGCCAGAGCUGUUUGAGGAGGUGACCAUCUACUUCAGUGAUAUUGUGGGUUUCACCACUCUGUGCCACUACAGCACCCCCAUGGAGGUGGUAGACAUGCUUAAUGACAUCUACAAGAACUUUGACAGCAUCCUUGACCACCAUGAUGUCUAUAAGGUGGAGACAAUAGGAGAUGCCUACAUGGUGUCUUCAGGUUUACCCAACCGUAAUGGGGACAGACAUGCAGUGGACAUUGCCCACAUGGCCCUGGAUAUACUGUCCUUUGUAGGGACCUACCAGCUGGAACACUUACCUGGUAUUCCACUAUGGAUUCGAAUCGGUGUUCAUUCAGGACCCUGUGCUGCUGGGGUGGUGGGGAACAAGAUGCCUCGUUACUGUUUAUUUGGCGAUACAGUGAACACCGCUUCCAGGAUGGAGUCUACAGGCCUGCCUUUGAGGAUACAUGUGAGCAAGUCCACCAUCAACAUCCUGAAGAGAACAGACUGUCAGUUUGAGUACGAGCAAAGAGGAGAGACGUACCUCAAGGGAAAAGGCAAAGAGAUAACCUACUGGCUGACAGGUGUAACAGGCCAGAAAUACAACCUCCCCACACCUCCAACUGCAGAGAACUUCCAGCGGCUUCAACAGGACUUGGCUGAAAUGAUCCAGGUCAGUUUAGCGGAGCGUGCAGCAUGUACUGAGGGCUUUGAGAAGAGGAAGACCCUGUCCACCAAAAUCCGACGACGGGAAACCAACAGCAGUACACAGAGUGAUCCCCCAGACUACUUCCACUUGGCUGUCACCGACAGCAGCACCUACCUGUGAGCCCCCUGCUGAGCUUUGUAAGGGACACAUACUCAGGAACACAGGGACUGCCACAAAAUGACUUCUUCCUCAAGCAUACAUAGAUCAUACUUAUAUGCUCUAAAACUGUGCAAUGGACACUAUUCAGUAGUGUUGAUAGAUUAAGUAAAUUAUUACAAAGACUUCUCGGUUAUAAAACUGAGGCCAAGUUAGUAAAAACAUAACAGAGGAAGCAGAGAAAAUGUUAAAUGAAUGCAUAUAAGAGGUUUCUAUGAUAAAACUAUCGAUGCUCAGCCCAGUCAACAAGUGUCCAUCUAUUUGGAAAUGUUCUGUUUUUGUUUGAAUACUGCUGGUUUGAAAGCUCAUUGAUUGAGAAUUAUGACAAAAAA